UGGACCACACAGGUGCUCGGAUAGAGGAGUUCAUCUAUGAUAAGCUGGAUAAGAAGCUCCCCUCCAGAACCACCAACCCCGAGCUGCUGGGCCAGUACAUGCUGGAGGCCGCCAACGAGUUUGGCCCCGGGACCCCGUACGGCAGCACCCUAAUCACAGUGGGGGAGUACCAGAAGAGACUCGGCGGGGCUGAGCGUGAGCUCCUCCAAACCUCAGCUGCCACCUUCCUCACUCCUCUACGCAACUUCCUGGAAGGAGACUGGAGGACUAUAUCAAAAGAGAGGCGACUAAUGGAAAAUCGGCGACUGGAUCUCGACAUCUGCAAAGCACGCCUGAAAAAAGCCAAGCAGGCAGAAGCCAAAGCAGCGGCUGCACCUGAUUUUCAGGAGACCAGGCCUCGCAAUUAUGUUCUUUCUGCCAGUGCAUCAGCGCUGCUGAGUGAGGAAGUGGACAAAGCGGAGCACGAUCUGCGUGUGGCGCAGACGGAGUUUGACCGGCAGGCUGAGGUCACCCGGCUGCUGCUGGAGGGAAUCAGCAGCACACAUCUCAACCACCUGCGCUGUUUACAGGAUUUUGCCGAGGCUCAGGCCACCUACUACGCCCAGUGUCACCACUACAUGCAGGACCUGCAGAGGGAGCUCCACAAAUGUGCUAAUGCUGCCAGCGUCCCCCAGCCUCCUGCUGCCGUCUGCCCUGACCCUGUCUCUUCGGCAUUCCUGUCUGGACCAUCAUCUCCAGGGGCCACAGUCUCCUCUUUGUCUAGCCAGAGGCCCAGCACGCUGUCCAUGGAGCAGACACAGCUCCCAGUCACAGGCACCAGGAAGGCCAAGGUCCUGUAUGACUACGACGCCCAUGAUUCCAGCGAGCUUUCACUUCUUGCUGAUGAGCUCAUCACCGUGUACACUGUACCAGGAAUGGACCCUGAUUGGUUGAUUGGAGAACGAGGGAACCAAAAGGGCAAAGUCCCUGUCACCUACCUUGAACUGCUGAGCUAAUGGACCAGACAACAGGAAACAAACACACACACACACACACACUUACUUGUCUUCUUGUACACUAGUGGUAUGUUGAUCUGUGGAUAUGUAAAACACGUAUGUCUGAAAAGGUUUCCAUCUAGCAGAUGACUGUUUUCAUCAAAGGCUUGUAACUGUGAGCAACAGCUUUGUUUGUUGAGGCCAGCGGGUCAUUACACAGUUACUCUUAAAGAGUGGUGCAGUGACGCGUCCUAAAACCCGGAAUUAAGCUGCGGAUGGGUUCCCUCGACAAAAAAGCAAUGUAAUGUUGAAUAAUUUUAGAAUCAUAAAUCUAUCUAUCAUAAAUCUAUCGAUUAGAUCGCUUUUUUGUUGAGGGAACCCAUGCGCAGCUCACUCCCGGGUUUUAGGAUGCGUCACUGCACCACUCUAUUCCAGUAAUAAGUGUGCAAUGAACCCACAAACCACCACACUCGAUAAUUUUGUUGACAGUGAAGUUUGGUUGAUUUGGUGUGAAACAUUAUGUUUUUACAACAAAGAAUUUGUGAGGGAUUCAAACAAAGACAUUACGUAAUCCAUAAAAAGAUCAUUCCAAUUUA